GUUUUAAUUGUUCGAAUUCAACCAAAUGUGUGAGGCAUUUUAAUUUGUUAUUAUUUGAAAUAAGAUGGAUUUUUCAGUACAGUACCACGUUUCUCUCUCUCUCUCUCUCUCUCUCUCUCUCUCUCUUGCUUCCUUUGAUUUUGGGGGCUGCCCCCAUUUCCCCCUUCGCUGAUAGUUGGGAAGGCAUUAAAAAUCCGGUGGAUGGAUAGCUAUGCUAAAAGGCUGGGAAGGACCUUAUUGUUUAUUGUGCAUUAUGCUACUUACCUAUGGACCUGCAUUAAUGGGAAGACGUCAGUGAAUCUUGUGUGAAUUUUAUGUUAACAGUGUAGAUCCUCUGGCCUUUGUGCCUUGUUAGGUCUAGGAAUCUGUUUUCCUUAAGCCAUGGUCACCUUCCUCACACUUAAUGUCAUAUAGGCUGUCAGAUGUGGCACAGGCAAAGUUGUCAUUGCAAAGGAAAAAAUUGAGAUGCUUUAAAUGAGCAUUGGAUUGUUCCUUGGGAAGUGAAGCUUGUAUUCAGCAUCUUUCCUACAUGGCCAAAUUUUUAUUUUGUGGGCUGGUUUUAAUUCAGGCCAUUGUGUGAAGGAAAUUAUCUCACCUGACAUUAUGGCCCUGCCCUCCUGGCAGAGUGGCCAUUGUCUGGAUCCCUAUCUCUGGUUUAUGUGAAUGAGAAAACAUGGCAACUACCAUCAUGCUUAAUUUAAUCCUAAAAGUCGUUACAGAGCAUUUUUGAAAUAUACAGCUUUCUUCGUUCAAUCUCUAUAUUCACAAAAUCAUAGAAUUAUAGAGUUGGAAGGGACCACAAUUCCUUUUGCCUCAAAGGGCUGUUGGCUUGUCAUGUGAAAGGAAGACAUGUAGUGCAAUUUUAAAUGUGUUUACUGUACUCAAAAUUGAGGCCCUAUGGUUUCAUUGCCACUCACUUCCUGUUAAGUCUCUUCUUGUGAAAGGGAAAUGGUGAUUACUUAAACAUUACAGUAUUGUCUUUAGAUGUGUGAGUUUCACCAGAAACCAGGGUAUUUUCCUGAUGCUUUCAACCUUAUACCAAGCACCUCAUGUGAAAGUUUUUAAAAAUGCAAGAGUUACGUCAGCAGUAGGGAUCACCCAGUAGGAUGUGAUUUUAAACUAUGAUGACACUUUCCAUGGGACCACUGCAUUUCUGCAAACCUGGAUGCGGUUUUAAACUAUGAUGGCAUUUUUCAUGGGACCACUACAUUUCUACAAAUUUGUGUACAUCGGUGCUCUGAUUUCUGCUCUGUGCAAUUUAAUUGAAACAUCUGCUGAACUCAAGUUGAAAAUGAAGGCAGAGGAUUUUGAGUACAUUUUAACAUGGGAAGCUGGAAAUAAUACAGGGACAGCCACAUGCUACAAUGUGAUGUAUAAAGAGAGAAGCUCAGUUUGUCCUUGGCUAUCAAAAUCAGCGGGAAGAAACCAGGUGCAUGAUUCUUCUUUCAGUAAGUCCAAGUCCCAGCAAAAUGAGGCUCCAGUAUCUGGGGAGCUGGCCAUUUGUCCAGCUGGUGCAUGGUCCAAAAGCAGCAAAGACCGUUAUCCCAGACCAAAUAUGAAGAUUGUCGCAGAGUGUUCCAAUAUCACACGUUCAUUCUGUAACUUGACAAAAGAGUUCACAGAUCCCUGCAAGGCAUACAUAAUUGUAGUGGAUCAGGUCACAGAAAGUGGAGUACAUUAUUCAGCUAUUCAGUUCAGUCCAUAUGCUGACACAUGCCUAACACCACCCCAGUUUGAGAUUUCUGCUUGUCCAAGCUGCGCAAAUGUGACAGUGAAACUUUCAGCCUCGUUACUUCAUGUAUACCAAGAGCUUGAUUAUACGGUCACAGUGAUAAGAGACAGUGUCAAGGAAAAGCGUGUUGUCAAUACAACCAGACAAGAGAGUUUCCACACUGUCAUUGGAGAUUUGAGUUUCAAUACAAAUUAUUGUAUUGCUGUUGAUGUGAAAACAAGUCUAAAUAGUCAGUGCACUCCGUCUGUCCCCAAAUGCCUUAUCCUCAGCUCCAAUAAUAUAUCAGGUCAUAUUAUAUUACCAGCGUUGUUUGGCAUAUUAAUAUCGUUGGCAGUAGUACUCAUUCUAUUUGUCCUGUAUAAAACCGGUGUUAUUUGCUUAAGAUGGAGGAAAUGGCCAAGCGUCUUGAGCAUCACACCAAAAUUAGACUAUUCCCUUUUUAAAUCAGAACCGGAAGAAGUGCACACCGUCCAGGUCACCCAAGAAAGUAAAAAAAAAGUAUGUGGAUACGAUUCCGAUGAAGAGGACAGUGAAAGCGUUGCUGGAAAUGAUGAUUUAUAUACUGCACAUGGUUUUUUGGGGCAGACUUCAAAGUCCUGCUCGCAGGAGGACAAUGCAGAGCCACCGUCCCUAGACUGCUCAUCCACUACAAGUACAAUAGCUGACCCCCAGGAUGAUGAAACAGAAAAGCUUCUGCUCAUAGGCUGCUCAUCUGCUCCAAGUGAAAUGCCUAAACCUGUAGAUGCUGAAGCAGAAAACCUUCCGAAUGAUAUUAGCAAAGAAGAAAGCCCAACAAUUCAAAUAUUUCAUCCUUCUCCUGAAGUGGACUCCGCUAAUGAGCCAGACCUGGAGUGCAGCAGCUGUUCCAACGUAAACUUAAAUACUGUGGUGCUAGGAAUAUCUGGCAAAAAUAUGGACAUUCCUGCAACAUUAAGCCCUUUCGAAGAGGAUGCAGCAGACUCGAAAGAUUUGUGUGUUUCUGAUGCAUUUGAACUGAAACAUUUCACUGAUGCGCUAGAAAUGCAGAACUCUGACAUUCAUAACCUCUCUUGUUCCUGGCAAAAUUCUAAUGGGUCUGGAGAAAGUGAGUCAUCGGAUUCAGAAACGGACUGUGUUGGUGAAUACAUGAGCAGAUGAAUCAAUGAAUGCUCAAGUUAGCAUUUUUCAGCUUCCAGUAAAACAAUGUAUUCCCAUGUCAUGGGACUGGGUGGGAUCUGCUAUCUAAUGCUAUCAAUAUUGUACAAGUACAUAUGAAAAUGCAGCGCUGUUGUUAAUUUCUGUAGCAUUAAUAUGGUAUGCUCUUCAGUGGUUUUUGGCAAUCCCAUGGACUAAUUGUCUUCCAAAAUAACAGAGACCUUGCCUGUCUUGAGGAUGAAUUUCUCUUGUUACAAUGAUCAACCAUUGCGCUUGAUCUUCAAGUGUUCUUAGGCAUGAUACAACACUUUGCUGGUAAUUGUUCCAGAAUGGUUCUGUUUUCCUGCCAGUGAUCUUUUAGACUCCCAGGGUUCAUAGCCCUUUAUCUAUACCUCAGUUUAUUUUGUGAACCGGAAUGUUACUGCCAUCACAUUUAAUAUCUGUCAACUCACACUUGGACAUGCACUUCAGUUGUCCUUUUUCACUGGUCCUAUUUGUACCCAUGUCUGUUUUUCUUUAUGAGGAUGAAGUAACUCUCACCCUUCCUUAUAUUAUUGG